AUGAUACCACGACAAGGUGCUUUAGAAGUAUUAUUACAAUUUCUAGAGCGAAAUUUACGUAAUAAUAAAAUCGGUACAUUACGUAUUGAUGAUAUUAUGAGAAUGGCUCGUCUCGUAUUGGAUACGAAUAUUUUUGCUUAUGAAAAUAAAUAUUAUCGACAAAUACGUGGUGGAGCAAUGGGAUCUGCCUUUACACAAACUUUAGCUAAUAUUUAUAUGCUAGAUUGGGAACAACAACUAAUGCAUGACCAACAAGCAGAUCAGGAAAUUGAUGGAAGAUAUAUUGAUGAUGUAUUUAUGACAACAAACUUAACACAUGAUCAAAUCAAAAUAAGAUUGGACAAUGCUCAUAGAGAAGAUCCCAAUAUCCGUAUUUCUUAUUCUAUUCAAUCUACUAUCGACUUUCUUGAUGUUACCGUCAACAAUGAACAUAGUCACUUGAAAACAUCUAUCUUUCAUAAAUCAGCAGCUGAACCUUCUGUAUUACCUUAUACUUCGGAUCAUCCUCGACAUGUUUUUCGUAAUAUACCGUAUGCUGCUUUAUUAAGAGCUGCACGAAUCUGCUCAAAUGUAGAAGAUUUUGAUAUGGAACGUAUUCGUAUUGAUUUAUCAUUAUUACUCAAUGAAUAUCCACCUUCAUUUAUAUCCAAACAUUUUCAUCGAUUCUUCGAAAUCAAUCAGACUAUGGCAGUAUUUGAAAGACUCGACUCGCAAGUAUACUACCAAUUACACCAACAAUUACUUCAUAAGCCCACAAGAAGAGAACAGCAACUGCAACAAGCAACAGGAGACAUUGAUGUUUUACCUGAAGUAUUACAAAGAAAGAAACCUUGGGAUUCCAACGUCAUGUAUGUCAAAUAUAACUUCGAAAGUGGACCAAGAUUAGCUUUUCAACGUGAUUUCCGCACAUGGUGGAAAAAGCAUUUUGCAUAUAAAGGAUCUAAUGUGGAACACGUUCAACUAAAAUUUGCCGUAAAAACAAAUUACACUUUAGAAGACAUGUUUAUACGCAAGAAACCACCAUCGGCAAUGCUAAAACGCAAGCCUACCAAUGUCUUACAACAAGCUACCUAG